GAAUAUCAACUUUUUGAAGAACAAAGUAAAAUUCUUUAUCACCUUGAUGAUCACCUCACUUUGUAUUCAUUAACUUACAAACUCCCAAACCAAACUUGGGUAAUUAAUUAUGAUUCUAAAAAUAAAACCAAAGAACAACAUUAUAGUGAGGAAAUUGUUAAUACUCUUGAUCAAGAAUAUAUAUCACAAGAAGCUUAUAGGGCUUUAGCAGCAAUAUCUUUUGAUUUACCUCGAGAAUACACAAUUGCAGCUACUCAAAAUCAAAUUAAUGAAAUAAUAAAAGCAGUAGUUCCAACACAUGUUCUUGAUAUUAAUAGUUUAUAUCCUACAGAAAUAGAUAAUAUAGAUGAAAACAUAGAAGUACAUAUUAAUGAUUUACAAAUAAUCAACAAU